AAGUCCAGACCAAGUCCAGACCUGGUCCAGUCCUGGUUCAGUUCUGGUCUCUGUAUAUCCUGUGUUAUAUCUGAUUAUAAUAAUAAUGCGUUUUAUUGACGUUUGGUCAGAGACGUGUCAGAUCCUCACAGGCUCUGAUUCAGACAUCGACCCAGGACCAGGUCUAGACCAGGAACAGGACCAGAACAGGACCAGGUCUAGACCAGGAGCAGGACCAGACCAGGAGCAGGACCAGACCAGGACCAGGUCUAGACCAGGACAAGGACCAGGUCUAUACCAGGACCAGACAAGAAUCAGAUUAAAACCAAACCAGGACUAGAGCAGAGGACCAGGUCUGGGCCAGGACCAGACCAGGACCAGACUAGAACCAGACCAGGACCAGAGCAGGACCAGGUCUAGGUCAGGUCCAGAUCAGGACCAAAUCAGGACCAGACAUGGACUAAACCAGAACUAAACCAGGGCUAUAGCAGGUCUGGAGAGGUCUCAGCUGGGGCUGGGAGGUUGUGGGUCUGUGAUGGAAAAUGGACUCAUUAGAAUCUAACACAGAUCAAUAAAAGUGAUCAAGACAAAACAUGCCCCCCCUCCCACCCUGCUCUUAAAUGCACACACACACACUACUACACACACACCAUAACUGCUGCCUGCCUCCCCCACACUAAACGAGCGAUCAUCCACCCUAAACCAGGAUUUAACCAAGACAAAACCAGGACUUUGUCGGUCUCUGAGUGCGCUGUGGAGGCGUCUGAGAACUAUUUCAGGUCUAAAGCAGGACUCUCUCGGUCUAGGUCUUGCUGAGGGCCUGUGGAGGUGUUUGAGGACUAAACCGGAUAUAAGUGACGACUCUCCAGUCUGAACCUCGUCUACUACAAACCCAGUCUACAUCUGGUCUAAAUCCGGUAUAAACCCAGUCUAAACUCGGUCUAAACACGGUCUAAACCUGGUCUAAAUACGGUCUAAACCUGGUCUAAACCCUGUCUAAACCUGGUUUAAACUCGGUCUAAACCCAUCUGAACCCGGUCUAAACCCAUCUAAACCCGGUCUAAACCCAUCUAAACCCGGUCUAAACCCAUCUAAACCCGGUCUAAACCUGUCUAAACACAGUCUAAACCCAUCUAAACCCGGUCUAAACCUGUCUAAACCCGGUCUAAACCCAUCUAAACCCGGUCUAAACCUGUCUAAACACAGUCUAAACCCAUCUAAACCCGGUCUAAACCUGUCUAAACCCGGUCUAAACCCAUCUAAACCCGGUCUAAACCUGUCUAAACCCGGUCUAAACCCUGUCUAAACCUGGACUCUUGCUGAUGGCCGUGGAGGCGUCUGAGGAGAUGGAAGCUUGAGCUGAUUUGAUUAUUUCUGAAAUGUGAGAAUUUUAAUCAGAUUUUCUCCAACUGCUCCUCACCCUAACCCUCCAACUGAAAGACACCUGCACCACUGUGUCAGAUGCCCUCCAGCUGCCCAUUCCUGCUUGUCUUUACUUGUCUAACCUUAACCUAAAUCUGAUAAUGCUAAAUUUGCCUAAAACUAUCUAUUAUUCUGUUUUGUAAGUUUCACUUUUGUUCUUGACAUUCUCUGUCUGACCUCCCUUCGCUCCCCUCAAACCCCCUUCAGAACACUAUCACAACAGAGCCUUGUACAUGUUUUUGAUUUGGUAACAACAUUAUAACAUGGUAGAAAAGCUCCAAAAAGUAGAUUUUGCACAAUACCUCCUCUUUAAACCCUAACCGUAACCUAUUUGAACCCAAAUUUGAAUGUGUUUUUAAAGCAACCGUAGCUCUGAUAAUAAAGGGAGUCUGGUCCUUGUGAUGUGAGUGUGUGCAAAGUUAAGUCCCCACACUGAGAAACACACACAAACCCAAACACACUAACACAAACCACACACACACACAGACACACACACUGAUGCAUUUAAAAGUGGGAGGGGCCUCACAGAGCAUCCCAGAACAGGAGAACAAGCUCCUCAGAGCAGACACGAGAGAAGAAGAGACAAGGAGGCAAGAGAGGAGGCAUCUGAGGAGACACGGAAACAAGGAAGCAUCUAAGGAAACAAAAAAGGAGGCAUCUGAGGACAUAAGGCAUAUCUAAGGAGACAGGGAGGCAAGAGAGGAAGCAUCUGAGGAGAUAAGGAAACUGGGGGGGACUUUAGGAAAGUAUCUAAGGAGACAAACAAGGAGGCAUUGGCGGACACGAGGGGGAAGGAAACUUCAGAGGAGCUUUCAGAGGAGAGGAGUUAGGAGACAUAUGAGGAGGAUGGAGUUGCAGCCCUGAGCAUUCACAAGUCAAUGGACUUUUUUUGAAGCUGAUACCGCUCUGUGGACCUGGUCCGGACCCGUUCUCGGACCCGUUCUCGGACCCGUUCUCGGACCCGUUCUUGGACCCGUUCUUGGACCUGGUCUAGACCUGGUCUGAACCUGGUCUCUAAAUUUGGUGAAGAUUUUGUGAAGACCUGGCGAUGCUGGUCCGGUGCGAUCUGGCCGUUGUCAUGGUGACACUGAUGGUGGUCACCGCGGGAGAUGGAGCCAGAGUCGUCAGCGGUCAGACGGUGUGCCCGGUUCCUGGCGAGCCCUGUUAUAAGAUGGCGUACUUCCGCUCGGUGACCAGCAGGGUGUCCUUCUCUGAGGCGGUGCAGGCCUGUGACACAGACAAGGGGGCGCUACUGAGCAUUGAGUCUGAGGAGGAGCAGAGGACAAUCGAGAGACUGCUAAAGGAGCUCCGUUCUGGUGCUGGCUCGGACUCGGGGAUCACAGACGGAGACUUUUGGAUCGGACUGACCCGGACUGAGACCUGGGACCAGAACCAGACUCAGUCCUGCCCCGGGCUGUACCAGUGGACCGACGGCAGCAGCGCCACAUACAGACACUGGUACGAGGAUGAGCCGUCGUGUGGUGGCGAGGCCUGUGUGGUCAUGUACCAUCAACCCACUGCACUUCCUGGAGUGGGCGGGGCUUAUCUGCACCAAUGGAAUGAUGACCGCUGCAACAUGAAGCACAACUUCAUCUGCAAGUACCACCCAGACUCAGAGCUCAGGACUCACAGUGACUCUCCACAUCUCACAGUGACCACAGAGUCGACUCCAGAGAAAGAAAAAGAGGCUCCACCUCAAACCCAGGACACAGACUCAGGUACUCUGCUGUUGUACAUAGUGAUUCCUACGAUUCCUCUUCUGCUGCUGAUUCUCGUGGCCUCAGGAAGCUGCUGUUGUCAGAGACUGCACCACACUAAAUCUCGCUCCAAAACUCCGGCCGACCAAUCAAACCUGUGGAUCUCCUCGUCUCCUAAAGCGCACGUCUGAGCCUCCUACCUCCUAUGGCCUACCUCCUAGCUCCUACCUCCUAGCUCCUAUCUCCUUCGGCUGCACAGACCUGAUGCUAAAGCUACAAUCUAUUACACCUGUCAAUACAAAGAACUUUCUCUAAAACUGGUUCAGAUCAGUGUAGACCUGGUUCAGACCUGGUUCACCACUAGUCCAGUCCUGAUUAUAAAACUGUAUAUAUUCUAUUUCACUCUCAGUGAAAUCCUCUGAAAUAACUUAAAUCAUAAACUAGUUCAGACUUGGUUCAAUCCUGUGUGUAGACCUGGUUCACAUCUGUGUUAAACUUGUCCAAACCAUAGACUGUGUAUUUAAAUGGACAUAUCUGUCCCACUAGCUGCCGUUUUCCAAACAGGAAGUGAGCAUGGUCACACUUCCAGUUCCUUUGGCUCUGAAAAACCGUGUCCCCUCUCUCUGUAACUGCUGCUGUCACACUCAUCAUUUUGGUACAAAAAUAUUCACGUUCACCUGCUUUACAUGAUCCUGGGGUUUUUAUUUAACUAUUUUGUCUGUAGAUAUGAACAUUAACGUCAGACAAUACCGAGGUCGCUCCCGCUAGCCUUAGCAACAGAUUUUAUUGACAGUGUUGCUAAGCGCUGCUAAACUAGCGUUACGGGCGAGAAAGGGCGUGCCUUCAAUAACCUCACUCCUGAUUGGCUCUAUGCUGCUAUGAUACUCACGGUCAGAAUUUCAAAUAUGGAGCUCAGCAGUGGAGUGCGGUGACUCAAAAUGACUCAGUAUAUAUGCAUUUAAUGUCAGUAAAAAUAAAUAUACUACUUUGCAGUUUAGUUUCUGUGAAAGGUGGCACUAUUAAAUUGUCAUUGACUAAAUAUUGAUAUCCACUCCAUGUCUGCUUACCUGCUCACAAAAGUCACCGCAUGCUACUGGAACUCGGCUCCAAAUUGACCACUAUAACUGCUAACCUCCAUGAGCUUCAUCUGGAGCCAAAGUCUGCAGGUGACACUUAGCCCACUUCUUUACACAGUCUAUGCUCUAAACCCACAAAGACCCAGUUCAAGUCCUCUGAAGUUUUCUCGUGUUCUUGGUCCUGUCGUGAAUCUUCAUCUGACCGAGUGCUGUGCUGUGAGAUAAGUCCAAAAUAAACUCAUUUACACCACAUGUUUCAUCUGUUUAUUUACCAUAAAAC